AAUGAAACAGAAAGUUUCUACAAACCCUAUUCUUAUGGUAUCAGAGCUUCGUUCACUCUGCUAGGGUUUCUUUAUAAAAAAAAAUGGCUACUGAAGGAACAGGUGGAUCUACUGGUUCUACUUCAUCAGGAACCAUGUCUACCAAUGUCUUAGCUACCAGUUCAACAGAUCAACUUGUUCCACAAUCCAUCGUUUCUGUGAAGUUCAAUGGUAAGAACUACAACCUCUGGAGUAGAUCUGUUUGUAUUGCCUUGAAGACCAGGAAGAGACUUGGUUAUGUUGAUGGAUCUAAACCCCAACUAGCAAAUACUGAUCCCACAUUUGAAGAAUGGGAUGCCAACAAUACUCAGGUACUAGGCUGGCUUUUUAACUCUCUUGAUGAUAAGAUGGUUGAUAGUGUACCUAGUACUGAAAAUGCUCAUCAGAUCUGGGAAGAUCUGAAGAUGAGAUAUGGUCAGGCUGAUGCUGUAAGGCUAGUUGAUUUACAGACUUUGAUAUACUCUUGCCAGCAAGGAUCUCUUAGUGUGAACGAGUAUUUCACCAAACUCAAGACUCAUUGGGAAGAAUAUAUCCAGUAUAGGACUGUUGUGUCUGUUCCUUGUUCUUUAGCAGAUUGUCCUUCUACUGCAGCUUUGAAAAUCAUGAGGGAUUUUCUGAAUGAUGAUUAUGUUAUGAGAUUUAUAAAAGGAUUGAAUGAAAACUAUGAGGGUGUUAGAACAAAUCUGCUCAUGAUGAAACCUAUGCCAAGUAUUGGAGCUGCUUUUAGUUACGUUCUGCAGCAUGAAAGACAGCUUGAUCCCCAAGGGGUUGGACCUAAAGUUGCUGAUAAUCUAGCCCUAGCAGUUGAUGGUAAUAGAGGAAAAGACCAGAGAAGAGGUCAGGUACAAGUUCAAGGCCUGUUUUGCAGGUAUUGCAAAAAGGAUAAUCAUGUCAAAGAAGACUGUUGGAAGUUAAAGGCUAAGAACAAAAGGUUAAUGGAAGGUGGUUCUGGGAGUCCCUUUGUUGGAUCUGUUUCUAUUCCAGGAAACACAAGUGGAGGAGAACAGACUACAUCUAGAUCACAGGGUAGUCAGGAAGAGGAGACUGGAUCGUCCAAUUUCAGAAAUCUGAAACUUAGCAAUGAGGACUACAACAGGAUAAUGAACAUUCUGCAUCAAUCACCACCAGCUUCACCUAAUUCCUCCAGACCCAAGCAGUUGGAUUUACAUGGGUUUUCAAGAUAAAACUCAACCCAGAUGGAAGUGUAGAGAGGUACAAAGCAAGACUUGUUGCUAGAGGCUUCACUCAAGUACAUGGAAUCGAUUUUCUUGAUACAUUCUCUCCUGUAGCUAAAAUCAAUACAGUGAAAACAUUAUUAGCAGUGGCAGCUGUUAAGAAUUGGCAUCUACAUCAAAUGGACGUAAGCAAUGCUUUUCUCCAUGGAGACCUUGAAGAAGAAGUAUUUAUGGAAGUACCAUCUGGUUUAUCAGUUGCAGAAAAUGGACAUAAGCAGGUCUGCUUAUUAAGAAAAUCUCUUUAUGGGUUAAAGCAAGCUAGCAGACAAUGGUUUGCUAAGCUUACUACCUCUUUGAUCAAUCUUGGAUUCAAACAGUCUCAAGCAGACUACUCCAUGUUCACUUGUAUUUGUGGAGAUUCUAUUCUGAUCAUAUUAGUGUAUGUUGAUGACAUUAUUGUCACAGGAAAUGAUUUGGAUCAAAUUUUAAAGACCAAACAGCAGCUGGCUAAGGAAUUCAAAAUCAAGGAUUUAGGUACAUUGAGAUACUUUUUGGGAUUGGAAAUUACAAGGAGUCCCAAAGGAAUCUUUGUUUGCCAGAAGAAGUAUUGUCUUGAUAUGCUAAAGGAUGCAGGGUUUCUCAGUUGUAAACCUGCAUUAACUCCAAUUAACAUGAAGACUAGGUUGUCUGCAGGAGCUGGGAAUCUAUUGGAUGAUCCUUCACCAUAUAAAAGGCUGGUAGGAAAGCUUCAAUACAUCACAACCACCAGACCUGAUAUUACCUAUGUGGUUCAACAACUUUGUCAGUAUCAACAAGCUCCAACAGAUCAACACUUGCAGGCAGCACACCAUGUUUUAAGGUAUCUCAAAGCUCACCCCACACAAGGACUAUUGUUUCAGUCUAACACUAGUCUGCAGCUUAAGGGGUAUACAGAUGCUGAUUGGGCAGCAUGUCCUGAUACAAGGAAGUCUCUUUCAGGGUAUUGUACAUUCCUUGGAAAUUCCCUAAUUACCUGGAAAACUAAGAAACAGCAGACGGUGUCCAGAUCCUCAUCUGAGGCAGAAUACAGAUCCCUGGCACUGCUGUCUUGUGAAAUGGUUUGGCUUAAACAAUUGCUUUCAGAACUUGGAGUACAACAUUCAACUCCAGCAACCUUAUUCUGUGACAAUCAGUCUGCAAUACAUAUUGCACACAAUCCAGUUUUUCAUGAAAGAACCAAACAUAUUGAGGUUGAUUGUCAUUUGAUUCGACAACAUAUUAUUGACAAGAUUGUGACGGUGAGCCAUGUCCGAUCAGAACUACAACUUGCAGAUAUUUUUACAAAAGGACUAAGCCGUCAUCGCCUUCAUUUCCUUCUUGUCAAGCUGGGAGUCACCAACAUAUACACUCCUCAGCUUGAGGGGGCAUCUGAAGAAUGAAGAACAAGUCGACUGGUUCGACUCAGUCCAUAUUCUGGUUCAUGGGUUUGACUUAGAGGCUGGUUUAUGGAUUGCUGCUUGAAGAAGCACUCUGCGACGUCGUUGGUACCACCACGACGUCGUCCCACUUAUUCCAGUUCAUUACUCUUGUUACCGUUGAGCCUGCAUACCUGUAUAGUUUUUAUUGGCUCUUUUCUUUCUUAGUGGAGUUAGUUUACACUGUUAAUAGUUAGUUAGCUUUUCUCUUUGUUUGGUUUCUCAGCAGCACUAUAUAAGCUGCUUGUACAUGUUCUUGCCAUCUCAAUGAAACAGAAAGUUUCUA